GGCACUUCCGGCGCGGCGGCGGGGCGCGCGCUACAGCUGGGAAGCCUCGGAGGGGCGGGGGGAGGGUAACAAGUUUCCAGUUCUUUAAAUAUUCUUACACAACGAGGAAAAGGAAGAAACACUUUAGUGAAUGUGGAGUUUUUUGCUCUUAUAGCAUUUCUCCUGAGAAGUGGGUCUUUGAAUGAGGAUGACAAUGGAAGAGAUGAAGAAUGAAGCAGAGACUACUUCUAUGGUUUCCAUGCCACUCUAUGCUGUUAUGUAUCCUGUCUUCAAUGAGCUAGAGCGAGUGAAUCUAUCUGCAGCUCAGACACUGAGAGCAGCUUUUAUUAAGGCUGAAAAAGAAAAUCCAGGUCUCACACAGGAUAUCAUCAUGAAAAUUUUGGAGAAAAAAAGUGUAGAAGUUAACUUCACAGAAUCUCUCCUGCGUAUGUCAGCUGAUGAUGUAGAAGAAUAUAUGAUUGAAAGGCCAGAGCCUGAAUUCCAAGACCUAAAUGAGAAGGCACGAGCACUUAAACAUAUUCUCAGUAAGAUCCCUGAUGAGAUCAAUGAUAGAGUGAGGUUUCUUCAGACAAUCAAGGACAUCGCAAGUGCAAUAAAAGAACUUCUUGACACAGUAAAUAAUGUCUUCAAGAAAUAUCAAUACCAGAAUCGGAGGGCACUUGAGCACCAAAAGAAAGAAUUUGUAAAAUACUCCAAAAGUUUCAGCGAUACUCUGAAAACCUAUUUUAAAGAUGGAAAGGCAAUAAACGUGUUCAUAAGUGCCAAUCGACUAAUUCAUCAAACCAACUUGAUACUCCAGACCUUCAAAACUGUGGCCUGAAAACUGUAUAUGUUGAGUUGUACUUUUCAGUGGUGGAUAGGAUACCUUUAUAUGUAAAUUUUAAAGUUUUGACUGUAUAAAUUAUCAGUCCCUCUUGAAGGGACCCAAUGCAGGAUUUUGAAUGGGAUUAUUGCCAUCUUACACCAUAUUUUUGUAAACAUUGUAGUUUAAUCAUAAUCUCACAAUGAAGAUUUUGCAUCACUUUUUGCUAUUAUCAUUCUUUUCAGAAUUAUAAGCCAAAAGAAUUUACGCCUUAAUGUGUCAUUAUGUAACAUUCCUUAUAAGAAUUGUAAAUAUUUGGUGUUCUGUUUCUGACAUUUUAACUUGAAAGUGAAAAACUGCAAGAUUAUGUAUUUAACAAUAUUGGUGGCAAAUAUUCAAUAAAUAGUUUACAUCUGUUAUAUUGUAGAUUGUCUAUUUGUAUGCGAGUCAGGGUGUGGAAACUUGUUUUGCCUAGAAUUAAAGAAUAUAUACUAGAUGGAAGAAGUAAAGAAAAUUUAUUCAGGUGCUUCAAAUCAGCAGCAGAUUUUUAAUCACACUAUAAAAAGGUAAUAUUCUGCUCUUGUGUGUGUAAGAGCAAACUUUUUUUUUUUUAAAUUUAAAGACUAAGCGAGUUGCUAAACUUCAACCAAAAUACUGAAACAGAAUAAUAAAGGUCCCAUCAUUUGUUUUUAAUAAAAAGCUCAAGGCAAGAUACUGCUGUGGGUUGAUGCCAUACUAAUGAAUUCAAACUAGACCUUAAAUAAAACUAUAGUGCCAUUUUGGUUAGCAUGUCUGUAUAUCUCAAGUGUGAAUUCCUAGCAUCUUGAAAUGCUUGGUAAACAGAAAUAAGUGCAUAGCUAUAUUGGAGGGGGAAGUAUGCACAAAAACCAGUUGUCUUUACUUCUAGAGCAUUUGGAAGGUCACAUCCAAAUCAGCCUCACGGGACCUCUGUUUAGGCUUCAGUAUGCCACAGCAAUAGGUGCGUUGUCCCACAAGGCUGAUUCUAACAGAUAAGCUUAGAUGCCUAGUAUUCCUAUAGAGUCAAUGGGAACAGCCCCAAAGAGAGAUCAAGGGCACCCCAUGUUGGCUGUCGGGAAGUUAGAAAAGCUGCUCUUGGGAUUGAUUGUUUGGGUUCUGGCAGAUGUAACAGGGAUGUGGUGAAUAUCCUAGGAGGUGUCCAAAUGUUAAGUGGUUCUCAGUGAAGGUGUAGUUUCCUGAUUGACUUGGAAGUUGACAAAGUCAAGGAAUGUGGAAAGCGGAUUGAAAUGAUGAUACACUGAUGUGGAAGAAAAAGGAAUAAUUUCUACCUAUGUGCCUCUGGACGGUUCAAGGAAAAAUGUAUGUAUAAAGAUGUAUGUUUUCAGGAGAGCUUUGGAUUUGUGUACCCUGGUACUUAUCCCCUCUGACAGUGAAUAAAGACU